AUGGUCAUCACUGCUCAGGGUAAACGGGUUCAUCAAUGUUACCAUUGCGACAAGCAAUUUACAACAAGUGGUCAUUUAGCAAGGCACUGUCGCAUACACACUGGUGAACGCAAAUUCACUUGCCCAGUCGAGAGCUGUGGUGCACCUUUCUCAAGAAGAGAUAACUGCACAACGCACCUCAAAAAGCAC